AUCGCGGAAGCGGGGGAAGGGUUCCUGACGGAUCAGCAGGCUAACCAACUCAUAAAGAUAAAUAUCUGCAUAACCAGCUGUUUAACUCGGGUUACAUAUAAGAUAGACACCCGGACCGAAGAUGACAGCCGCACCUUAUAACUACUCCUAUAUCUUCAAGUACAUCAUCAUCGGUGAUAUGGGAGUAGGGAAAUCUUGUCUGCUGCACCAGUUCACAGAGAAAAAAUUCAUGGCGGACUGUCCUCAUACAAUCGGGGUGGAGUUUGGGACGAGGAUCAUGGAGGUCCAUAGUCAGAAGGUGAAGCUGCAAAUCUGGGACACUGCUGGUCAGGAGCGCUUCAGAGCCGUCACCAGGUCGUACUACAGAGGCGCCGCUGGUGCCCUCAUGGUCUAUGACAUCACCAGGUACUAAAGGAAAUAGGUUAGGUGGUGUCGGUGAUGGCUUUAAAUUAAAUGUAUCUAUUCUAAGUAGGGAUGUCCGAUAUUGGCUUUUUACUGAUAUUCGAUAUGCCAAUAUAAUUCAACACUUAAUUUCUGAUUCUGAUAUUAACCAAUGCCGAUAUAUACAGGCCUUUUUCCCACAAAACAUGUCAAAUACAUUUAAUAAAUGCAUAUAUUAUUAUUAAAUUAU